CAAAGUGUGGUAAGCCGCUUCCAGGACUUUCAAAGCAGGAAGAUUGCUGUGGAACAGUGGGUACUUCCUGGGGUUUCAGCAAAUGCAUGAAAUGUCCAAAAAAAGCUAGUCAUCCAGCAUAUUCCCAGUAUAUGGAGUGUCCUCAAGGUUACAAACGCAUCAAUGCCACAUUCUGUCAAGAUAUUAAUGAAUGCUACAUGCAGGGUAUUUGUCCAAAUGGUGACUGUUUAAAUACUUUGGGAAGCUAUAGGUGCACCUGCAAACAAGGGUUUGUUCCAGAUCCUACAUAUUCGUCUUGUGUUGCUGAUAAUCCUUUAGUGUCUGAGGAGAAGGGGCCAUGUUACCGACUUGUGAGCACUACAAAGCAAUGCAUGCAUCCUCUGUCUGUGCAACUUACUAGGCAGCUCUGCUGUUGCAGUGUGGGCAAAGCCUGGGGACCCAACUGUGAAAAGUGCCCUGUACUUGGAACUGCUGCUUUCAAGGAAAUCUGUCCAGGUGGAAUGGGUUACACAGUCCCUGUGCUUCGAGGACCAGCACCUGUUAGACCAUAUACUGUACAACCUCCGAUCAGAACAACACUUCAAGCGGUCAUUACAAAAGAAGAACCAGUAGAAGCUUUGUCUGUUUCACAGAAAAAUGCUCCAGAUCACAAUGGAAGAGAAGGUUUGGCUACAACAGAUCAGUACCUUGGAACUGGAGUUAAUAAGCGACCAGUGGAUCAGGGGCAACCUCAGCUGUCACCUGGAAUUUCAACAAUAAACUUAGGUUCUCAGUAUCCAGUUGUUGUUGAGAAGUCAUCCCCACCUUUACCUGUAGAAAUAGCCCCUGAUGUCUCAAAGUCAAGUGCUAGUCAAGUUAUUGCUCCAACUCAGGUUACAGAAGUCAAUGAGUGUGUAGUGGAUCCUGAUAUCUGCGGUGAAGGCUUUUGCGUCAACUUACCUAUAGGAUACAUGUGUGUCUGUCAUGAAGGGUAUAAGCAGAAUAACAAUCAGACCAAAUGUGUGGAUGUUGAUGAGUGUUCUCAGGGUCGCGUGCUUUGCUCACAGGGGCGCUGUGAAAAUACAGAUGGAAGUUUUCUAUGUAUUUGUCAAGCAGGAUACAUGGCCAAUGAACAGGGAACUGACUGCACUGAUGUGAAUGAAUGUUUGAGACCAGAUGCAUGUCCUGAUGGCCUCUGUAUUAACACUGUUGGCUCUUUCCGAUGUGAAUACUGUGACAGUGGCUUCCGCAUGAACAGAAGAGGUCAAUGUGAAGAUAUUGAUGAAUGUCUUACUCCCACUACUUGUCAAUAUGACAGAUGUGUCAAUAGCCCAGGAUCAUAUGCAUGUAUACCUUGUCCUGAAGGAUAUAGGGGAUUUAAUGGCAGAUGCUUUGACAUCAAUGAAUGCCAAGAAGACACAUCCCUGUGUGCCAAUGGUGACUGCUCCAAUCUGGAGGGUUCAUACAUGUGCACAUGCCGAACAGGAUAUGAAUCAACCUCUGACAGCAAACAGUGCAUUGACAUAGAUGAAUGUCGGCUUGGUAAUUUAUGCUUGAAUGGUAAAUGUCAUAACAUUGAAGGCUCCUUCGUAUGCUCCUGCAACUCAGGAUAUCAGCUAAGCCCAGCCAGUGACAAGUGUGAUGACAUUGAUGAAUGCCAAGUUCAAAGCCUUUGUGACAAUGGACAGUGCAGGAAUACCAGGGGAUCAUUCACUUGUAUAUGCAAUGAAGGCUACAAGCUAUUACCUUCUGGAGACCAGUGUGAAGACAUAGAUGAAUGCCAAGAGAUGGAUGAAGCUUGCCGGGAGGAGGAAGCUGCUCUAAUACUAUCGGUUCUUAUGUAUGCAUUUGUCCACCAGGUUUCCUGCUUGUUGAUGGAAGGAGGUGUCAAGAUAUUAAUGAGUGUGAAAAUACAGAACUCUGUUCUCCAAAUGGAGAAUGUCUCAAUACUGCUGGCUCAUUCCACUGCAUAUGUGAGCAAGGAUUUACUACAACUCCUGAUGGAAGAUCAUGUGAAGAUGUUGAUGAAUGUACUAACAGCACGCUAUGCAGUCAAGGGUUUUGUGAAAACACCAAUGGUUCAUAUCGUUGCCUCUGUUACCAGGGGUAUCAAGACUCACUGGAUGGGCAAGGGUGUGUGGAUGUAAAUGAAUGUGAAAUGCUGAGUGGAGUCUGUGGUGAGGCCCGAUGUGAAAAUGUAGAAGGCUCAUUCCUCUGCCUUUGUGCUGAUGAUAACCAGGAAUAUGACCCGAUGACUGGGCAAUGCAGAUACCGCAGCAUGCCAGAUGACCAUUAUGAUGAAGAAGAGAAGCAAUGCUACUACAACCUCAAUAAUGUCAAUUUCUGUGAGAAUGUUCUUACUGUAAAUGUCACUAAGCAAGAAUGCUGCUGUACUCUUGGAGCUGCUUGGGGAGACACCUGUGAGAUGUUCCCUUGUCCAGUCCUAGGUUCUGAUGAAUAUGCAUUACUGUGCCCUGAAGGGAAAGGAUAUGUCCCAUCAAAGGAGUCACUCACACUCUAUGAGGGCAACGGCUUGACCUAUGAAGAUGCUGAUGAGUGUAUAUUAUUUGGAAAAGAAAUAUGCAAAAAUGGCUUCUGCUUAAACACUGAGGCAAGCUAUGAGUGCUAUUGCAAACAAGGCACAUAUUAUGAUCCUGUGAAGCUUCAGUGUUUUGAUAACAAUGAGUGUGAUGACCCAAGCAGUUGCAUUGAUGGUCAAUGUAUCAACACGGAUGGAUCCUACAGCUGUUUCUGCACACGUCCGAUGGUUCUGGAUGCUACAGGAAAAAGGUGUAUCAGACCACUGGAUGUAAUUGAACCUACAGAAGAAACAGAUGUGUUCCAAGACGUAUGCUGGCAGGACCUUAGUGAAGACUAUGUGUGCAGCCGGCCCUUGGUUGGAAGGCAGACUACUUACACAGAAUGCUGCUGUUUAUAUGGGGAAGCAUGGGGCAUGCAGUGCGCUCUUUGCCCAAUGAAGGACUCAGAUGAUUAUGCACAGCUAUGCAACCUUCGUGUGCCAAGGUUCAGACAGCCUUAUGGGGAAGAUGCUCUUCACUUUUCAGACCACUAUAUGCCACAGCCAGACCUUUUCAACUUGCAGGAGCGUCUGGGAGGGGGGCAGUAUGAAGAGCUGCAGGCAGAGGAGUGCGGCAUCUUGAAUGGAUGUGAGAAUGGUAGAUGUGUACGAGUACAAGAAGGAUACACAUGUGAUUGCUUCGAUGGAUACCACCUGGACAUCAUGAAAAUGACCUGUGUUGAUGUCAAUGAGUGCAAUGAGCUGAACAGCAGAAUGUCACUGUGCAAGAAUGCAAAGUGUAUUAACACAGAGGGCUCAUACAAAUGUGUCUGUCUGCCUGGCUACAUACCAUCAGAUAAACCCAACUACUGCACAGCAAUAAACUCAGAUAGAGACGACAGUGAACUGGAGUAG